UUAUCCCAAGGCUAAAUGGCUGAUACUGUAGUGUGAUUUUAAUUUAACCACUUCUGUCUGACAGUCCCUUCUCACUUCACUUCCCGGUUCUUUACGUAUAUAUGUUCCCUAUAUGCAUUCCCUCCAUCGCUAGAUUUUGAAAGUGUGUUUGAGCCUUUGAGGUUUUAUUUCCUGUAAAUGUCGGAUGUAUCAUUGUUAUCUAGAAAUAUAAUUACUCUCCUUGAUAAAUGCAAAUCACUGCAUUCGCUAAAACAACUUCAUGCUCUAUUUUUCACCUUUAAUCUCUCCCAACAUGACCCUUUUCUAUCAAAAUUCUUCUCUUUCACUGCACUUUCCCAUCCUGCUCACAUCGAUUACUCGUGCAAAAUUUUGUUACAUCUACAAAACCCAUCUAUCUUCAAUUGGAACACUGUCAUUAGAGGUUACUCCAAUAGCAAAAAUCCUAACAAAUCCAUCUCUCUUUUUGUUAAAAUGUUGCGACUUGGACUCUCACCAGAUUAUUUAACGUACCCAUUUGUUAUAAAGGCCUCUGCCCGCCUUCUGAAGCGAGAACUUGCCGUGGCAAUUCACGCUCACACUGCAAAAACUGGGUAUGAGUCCGAUAGGUUUAUUGCAAACUCCUUGAUUCAUUUGUACGCUUCCUGCGGCGAUAUAAUUUAUGCCCGUAAAUUGUUCGAUGGAAUGCCUUUGAAGAACUUGGUUUCUUGGAAUUCUAUGUUGGAUGGGUAUGCUAAGUGUGGGGAAAUGAAUCUGGCAAGACAAGUGUUUGAUUUGAUGCCAGAAAAGGAUGUUGUGUCUUGGAGUUCUUUGAUUGAUGGGUACGUUAAGAGUGGGGAUUACAAGGAGGCUAUGGCGAUUUUUGAGGAAAUGAGAGGUGUUGGUCCCAAGGCCAAUGAGGUGACUAUGGUGAGUGUGUUGUGUGCUUGUGCUCAUUUGGGUGCCCUUGAUCAAGGGAGAAUGAUGCAUCAGUACAUGGUUGAUAAUGGAUUGCCAUUGAAUUUGGUUCUGCAAACUUCUCUUGUUGAUAUGUAUGCCAAGUGUGGGGCAAUCAAGGAGGCUUUGUCUGUGUUUCGUGGAGUUAAAUUGGAUCGUAGCGAUGUUUUGAUGUGGAAUGCCAUGAUUGGAGGGCUUGCAGUGCAUGGAUUGGUUAAAGAGUCGCUUGAAUUGUUCAAAGAAAUGCAAAUAGUUGGGAUCACCCCAGACGAGAUUACAUUCUUGUGUUUGUUGAGUGCUUGUGCCCAUGGAGGUUUUGUCACUGAAGCUUGGUAUUUCUUUGAUUGCCUUGGUAAAUAUGGCAUGACGCCAAAGAGUGAGCAUUAUGCUUGCGUUGUUGAUGUUCUGUCACGUGCUGGGCGAGUAGCAGAGGCAUACAAUUUUGUGUGUCAAAUGCCUAUGGAGCCAACAGCUUCAAUGUUGGGUGCUCUGCUCACUGGAUGUAUGAACCAUGGUAAAUUGGAUCUUGCAGAGAUAGUUGGAAAGAAGCUUAUUGAGUUGGAACCAGAUCAUGAUGGCAGAUAUAUUGGGUUAUCAAAUGUUUAUGCGAUUUCCAAACGCUGGGAUGAUGCAAGAACAAUGAGGGAAGCCAUGGAGUUGAGAGGAGUGAAAAAGUAUCCUGGUUGUAGUUUUGUAGAGAUGUUUGGAACUCUCCAUAGAUUCAUAGCUCAUGAUAAAACUCAUCCUAGUUCAGAAAAAAUUUACAUGAUGCUAAAUUUUAUUGCAGGACAAAUGAAACUUAAUGUUGAUCAUGAAAUUCGAGAACACUUUAUGUAUGAUAUGACAGGUAUUGUUUGA